AUGAUCACAGGCUUCAAGCAGAAGGAGCAUCGGGCAGAUGGAAGUCUGGAAAGAGCCAAUGAGCUGGACACGUUCUUCAACAGGUUCAUGAAUUUUCUAUAUUGUAAAAAGUUGAAUCUUACCUUCGGAUCUCCAGUUGGCCUGGAAGAUGAUGAGAAGAUUGUUGGGGGGUAUGAGUGCCCGAGAAACUCUGUGCCCUAUCAAGUGUCGCUCUUCACUGGGUACAACUACUGUGGAGGGAUUCUCCUGUCUGAUGAGUGGGUGCUGUCGGCUGCACACUGCAAACCAAAGGCGAAUGUCGAGGUUCGGCUGGGAGAGCAUGACAUCUGGGAACCUGAACAUACUGAACAGCACAUCAUGUCUGCCACGUUCAUUCGCCACCCUGAUUACAAUCCUCGCACGCAAGACAGCGACAUCAUGCUGAUCAAGCUGAGUCAGCCUGUUGUUCUGAACGACUAUGUGCGCCCUGCCAUGCUUCCAUCCCAGUGUGCCAGUGCUGGGACGAUGUGCCAGAUAUCUGGAUGGGGGAAUAUUCGCCCCAGUGAUGAGGGCUCAAGGUACCCACACAAGCUGCAGUGCCUAGAAGUCCCUCUGUUGAGUGAUGACUCCUGCUUCAAUGCAUAUCCUUUUCAGAUCACUGAAAACAUGAUAUGUGCUGGAUAUCUUGAGGGGGGGAAGGAUUCCUGUCAGGGUGACUCUGGAGGUCCCAUGGUGUGUAAGGGAGAGCUCCAAGGAGUCGUGUCCUGGGGCCAUGGCUGUGCUCAGAGAAACAAGCCUGGAGUGUACACGAAAGUUUGUAAUUAUGUUUCCUGGAUCAAGACAACAAUGGCGUCUGGCUGAUGUGUAAAGCUGAAGACUUUACAUGUACACUGGAAAAAUGAGUAAAGACAAACAAUGGGA